CGGAAGCAGGAAGUUCUGGAGGCGGCUGGUGCUCGGAUCAGAUCGGCUCAGUUCGGCGAUUUCCGUCUAGUCUCAGCCUCGCCCACUACACGCAUGCCGCUGUGAUUGGUUUACGGUAUGUCCCUGUAGCUGACUGACACGCCCCUCUCCGGAGAUUGCCGAUCAUUCCCGAGCUGAGGGAUCCGGCGCUGAUGGAUCUGGCGCAGGAUGCUUCCUCUGUGUCCGGGGAGCUGGCCGGGACCCCUGACAGUGACUGCACCGAGGCGCCGCAGGAGAGGGCCCCUGAGACGCCGAGCAGUGAGGAACCCACCAGCGAUAUCCCAGCAGAUGAAGUGAUGCCCGCUGCGAAUGAGAAGCUAGCGGAAGAGGAGGCGGACGUGCAUUCAGCACAAGAGACGAAGAAUGCGGAAUGUCCCAGCACUGAAAGGUCACAAUCGGACAUGAAGGUCGCCAACGCAGAUCCACCGUCAGAAUGUUCCAGCACACAGAGUAAAGAGACCUCUGCGGAUUCCACCCAAGCCCUUGUAAAGGAGCUGGAAGCCCUUUUGGCCCUCGACCCUGACAACCCCCCACCUCACGAUGUCCUCAUGAUCCAAUCGGAACACGCUGGUACCGUGGACAUAGUGAAAGCAGACCAGAGCUCAAGUGACUCUGAAGGGCGAGAGGGGAAAGCGCCUCCGGCACCGCUGUCACCCGCCGUCACCUGGACCAGUGCCAAUCUGCGAGAGUUUAAGCACCGGAUGGCCAGCGAGAAACACGGGCAGCUGACGGUGCGGAGGGGAGAAGUGAUGACUGUUCGCGUUCCGACACAUCCUGAUGGGAAGAGGCUCUGCUGGGAGUUUGCAACCGAUGACUAUGAUAUUGGUUUUGGGAUUUACUUUGACUGGACGCCGGUCACUAGCACUGCUGUGACGCUACAUGUCAGUGAAUCCAGCGAUGAGGAGGAAGAGGAGGAGACGGAGAGCCCCUGGCACAGCCGGGAAGGAGACGUGGAGCGAGGGUCGGUUUACCGCCUGCGUAGCCGCUAUGGUGAAAUCAUGCAGGUUUUCCGCAGAGACAGUCACCGAGAGGUGCAGGCGGGUAGCCAUGAAUAUCCCGGGGAGGGUAUUUACCUGCUAAAACUGGACAACUCUUACUCACUCCUGCGGAACAAGACUCUGUAUUUCCAUGUCUAUUACAGCAGCUGAGACAGCUGGGAAUUGGGGCGGGUGUUGGCUUUAUUUGAUAUUUUCGGUAGGGGAGGAGGGGUGGAUGGCAGCUGCUGUUGAUCUGAUGUGACAAUGCACAAAGUAAGUUUCCAUCUACACCUGUGUGUGAUUCCUGUUCCCAUCCAGUGUCUUGUGACCCAUAAUCCUCCAUGGUAAGUGCCCUCUAGGAAAGAGAGGGGCGAGGGGGUCAGGCUUGGUGCGCCCCCUAGUGUCUACCAAGCACAGACAAAAGAACAGUGUCCUCCAAGGAAAGAGAACCCUGAAUGGGGGGGCAUCUGUGGUUCAUGGGCUUAAUUGCUACUUAAAGGAUCUUACCAUAUGGGCUAUAUCAGGCCUUCCUAUGCUCAGCAGACUUUGGUGCUGACGCAGAGGAGAGUACUACACUCAUUGGCGCAGCGUGUCUUGCGUGGAAACCGUGUGUGUAGCCAUGCAUAUAUGCAGGCAUCUGCCACUUAUGAAUGUGCGGGAUAUGGGCUUUCUUAUGUAAGUCUGCAAUGGCAAACGUAUGCCGACUGUGACCGGGGUCAUAUAUGUCCCAGCCAUGAUGUUUGCGGGGGGUCAGGGGGCAGGUGACGGUUAAGCACCAACACUAGCUGUUACCUUCUGAUUGGCUGUUUGCGCAAACCCUGCCAACGACUGUGGCACUUGGGCAGUGAUUAUGCUUUUGGGGACGUUAUUAACCACAUUUUUUUUAUUUUUUUUAGUCUUUUUGUUUUGAUUUUCAAAAAUAAUCUGAGUUACUUCUGCUGUGUUGGGGAGGUUUAGCAGUUUUAUUGAUGCCUAAUAGCCAAUGCAUUUGUAAUAAACAACAUAAACGGGCGUAAGUGGGAAGUGUCUGUAGCGCGUGCCAGGCACACACCGACAUGUAUGCCACAGUCGUCCGUACGUGUCUUUAGUGGUAGUUGUUCCUGUGUGCCCCGCGGCAGUGUGUGUAGGGUAUCCAGCUCCCCGUCAGCCCCUAGGCCUAUCUCUGAGCUUAAUGUAAACAUGUUAUCGCUACGACAUAGCUGAUAAGAGCUAUUGGCUUGUGUUCCGGGCGUCUCACAGUCUGUCGGGGUAUGUGCAGUUGUACAUACAUUUUAAAGAAAGUUGCAGCUCUGCAUGUUGGGUAAGCUCCUGCCUAAGGUUUUGUCUACAUUUAGGAUAAAUGGUUUUUAUUACUAAGCGCCCCCUUCCCAGUGCGAGUUUCUAGUGUAAAUAUUUUAGGGUUAGAAUAAAAGAGUUUAUUUAUUACAUGGGAGUCUAUGUGAGGAACACGAUCUACAGAGCGCGACAUAUAGGUGUACAGCAGCUGGUUGUGUCACGUGACUGACACCAGCUAUUUCCGUACGGUCACAUGACCCGGACGGAGGAGUUUUGUUCUAUGCACUCUCUAUCUUUCCGGAAAUAAACCUUUUUAUGUGUAA